AUGUCGACUCUGUUCGCUAAAAAAAACAACUCUUCGGGAAGGAAGCGCCCUCGUCCAUCCGCUGGAGAGGGAGGACUCGGUUCUGCUGCUGCCUCCUCCAGCAAGGAGGUCGUGGAUGGCGCUGCUUCAAAGACGACCAAGGCGGGGACUGGAGAUAGCGAUGUUCCCGGAGGAUCGCAAGCCACCACUAGUCGCGGUGGCAAGGGUAGCCGCGAGAACGGCCACGAUGUUGAUCCCAACCUCUCCGCUGGAGCUUCCCACCCGUCAGCAGCCGACGGCAGCCGGAAGGCGGAAGUAGCAGCGGAGGGGGCGGUGCUAGAAGAGGAGGCGACCUUUGAGUCGCUCGGGCUGUGCGAUUGGCUGCUGACGGCUUGCAAGGCCAUGGGCUUCCGAAGACCUACUCCCGUUCAGCGACACUGCAUCCCUGCGGUUUUAGAAGGGAAGGACGUCUUGGGGUGUGCGGAAACGGGUUCCGGCAAGACCGCUGCCUUUGCACUGCCAAUACUUCACGAGCUCAGCAAGGACCCCUACGGGGUGUUCGCGGUCGUGUUGACCCCCACGCGAGAGCUAGCGGUUCAGAUUUCGGAACAGUUCGGCGCCCUCGGAGCGCUCAUGGGACUGCGCCACACCGUGGUCAUCGGGGGCGUCGGCAUCUUGGAGCAGAGCUUGGCACUGUCAGGACGGCCCCACGUCGUAGUGGCGACCCCAGGGAGGCUGCGCGACCAUUUGCAAGGACCGGCUGCGCCGGCCUUGGCAAAAUGUCGGUACCUGGUUCUGGAUGAAGCCGAUCGUCUCCUUGCACCAACAUUUGAAGGGGAGCUCCCGUGUAUCCCAAAAACCCUGCCGAACUCCCGGCAAACCCUGCUGUUUUCGGCCACCAUGACGUCCAACCUGGAAGCCCUGGAGGCCUUGGCCCUGACGAACCCGGUCAAGUAUGACCUCACCAAGAAGGCGACGGUGCCGAAAACGUUGACGCAGCAGUACCUGUUCAUGCCCCGGCAGAUGAAGACGUGCUUUGUCGUUCAGACCCUUAACAUGUUGGCCUCGGACAACCUCUGGAGCGACCCCGCAGACAGGAAGACCCGCAAGAGCAGGGGGGGCGCGGGGGGGUUGCACGACAACCCAGAAGCCGAUGAAGGGCAAGAAGGGACCGGGGAUGGGGACGGGAGAGCGCGCAGCGUCAUGAUCUUCGUCAGCAAGUGUCGCAAGUGCCAAGAGUUGUCCGAGACCCUGGUGGAGCUGGGAGUGGAUUGCACUCCCCUGCACUCGUUGCUGGGACAGCGCCGUAGAACAGCGGCGCUGGGAAAAUUCAAGUCACAGCAGACAAAGGUCUUGAUCAGCACGGACGUGGCCAGCCGUGGGUUGGAUAUCCCCGCGGUAGACCUGGUGAUCAACUUCGACGUGCCAAGAGUCGCCACGGACUAUGUCCACCGGGUGGGAAGGACCGCUCGAGCUGGCCGCCGGGGCCGCGCCGUUUCCCUGGUGUCACAGUACGACAUCGAGUUGGUCCACAACAUCGAGCAGUACACGGGCACCCCUCUGGGGCUUUGUCCCGAGGUGGAGGAGGAUGACGUGCUCAAGCUGCUCAACCAGGUGGCAAAGGCUUCAAGGGUGGCAAGGAUGCGUCUCAUGGAACAGGGGUUCGACGAGCGAGAGACCUCAAUCAAGGAGCGUAACAGCCGUCAGCGAGAGUCCAAGGGCGAAGGACGCACCCACAGCAGCAGCAACGGCGGUGGGCGCAAGAAGGCCCGAAAGGGAGGGCCGUUGACAACGCCGAGCAAAUCGCGAUCGAAGAAAAAGAAGCGUGUUGCUGCUGCUUCUGCCGAGCCAAAGAGCGGCAAAUAG